AUGGCUCUAGAAAUACAUCAACAAGAACAAAUCCAAGUGAGUAUGAUAGGCGACACAGCAGUCGUGGCAGUGGCACAGCGAAGCACCAUCGAAAUGGGUAUGCCUCGAAGGGCCUCGAAAUUGGCAUUUAUUCGAAAUACGUAUCCAGCUCAUUACAACCAUGUUGUACGUAAUAUGAAUUCGCUCAAUCAUCAGACAAAUACAAAGGCGAAGCAUUCGAUGCGCGGCGGACAUUUUCUGCUCUAUCGUUAUAUCAUAUUGCUUGCCAUUAUAUUAUGUUUAGUCUUCGGUGUUAUCAGCAUUUAUGUCAAAGGAUGUGCAUCAGUCCCGUUCAUUCUUACAGUGGUUUACAUCGCCAUUAGUAUCUAUAAUAUUGUUAUUUAUAUAAAAAAUCGACCACUUCUCAAUCCUCUUUUGGCGAUACCAGUACCAAGCGACAUUCUACCUGAAUUCAUGAAUGAGUUUUAUACUGUGCCUAUUAAUGCUACUGUUCUCACUGGAGCAAUUGCGGCUUUCGUAAAUCCAGCUGUGAUCGCAGCAGCCGUUAGGAAAGAUAAUGUUCAACUGUGUGAAAUACAAAUCAUGUUAUACGAUGAUCUUUACCUACGUCAUUGUCGAUUUCCGUGGGAAAUUAUCGUUCAUUUGCUCAUAUUCAUUGUCUUAUUCUUCUUGGCAAUUGGUUUUGUCAGUGCUAAAGCGUCGUCUUGA